AUGGGAGUCCGGACUGGACUAAGCUUGCUAUUUGCACUACUAAGACAAAGUUGGAUGAUGCCUGCUUCAGGACCUGGCCUCAGUCUUUGCAAUGAUGUCAUUCAUACUGCAAUAGAAGUUGUGAGCUCUUUGCCACCCUUAUCUCUAGCAAAUGAAAGUAAAAUUCCACCAAUGGGACUUGACUGUUUAUCACAAGUAACGACAUUUCUUAAAGGAGUAACUAUUCCUAACUCUGGGGCAGAUACUUUAGGUCGUAGGCUAGCAUCUGAGUUGCUUCUUGGUUUAGCUGCCCAGCGUGGUUCUCUGAGAUACCUUCUUGAAUGGAUAGAGAUGGCUCUAGGAGCGUCAGCAGUAGUAAAUGCAAUGGAGAAAAACAAAAUGGUGCAAAGUCAAGAAGGAAUGAUCAGUUUUGACUGUUUUAUGAAUAUAUUAACACAGAUGCGGAGAUCCUUGGGAUCAUCUGCUGAUCGAAGUCAGUGGAGGGAACCAACUAGAACACCUGAUGGUUUAUGCUCUCUUUAUGAGGCAGCUUUGUGUUUGUUUGAGGAGGUUUGUCGAAUGGCAUCGGACUAUUCUAGAACAUGUGCCAGCCCUGACAGUAUACAAACUGGUGAUGCUCCCAUUGUUUCUGAGACUUGUGAAGUAUAUGUUUGGGGUAGUAACAGCAGCCACCAGCUGGUAGAAGGAACACAAGAGAAAAUACUUCAGCCCAAACUAGCACCAAGUUUUUCUGAUGCACAAACUAUUGAAGCGGACAAUAUUGUACUUUUGUCAUUUCACGGAUGUUCUGUCGAGCCUGUGGUAGUUGUAUGCGUGUCAGCUGGAUACAGACACAGUGCUGCUGUUACAGAAGAUGGAGAGUUGUAUACUUGGGGUGAAGGAGACUUUGGAAGACUAG